AGAAAGUGAAACAGUAGUGACUAAAUAAUUCAUUAUUUAUGACAGGUUAUUAUGCUUACAUACUGCAAUUCGGUCAUGAUGUAAUUUUUUUAUUUUUAUCGUGACAAAACAAGUUACUAAAAAAAAAGAGACUAAAGAAAUAAAUUAUUGACUUUACUUUGACAGGCAGAAUUGAAUUGAAAAUGGGUGAGUCUUGUGCUUAGCAACACGAUCAUGACCAUGUAGUCCAUUUUUGUUUCGGUAAUUUUAACACAUUUUGUUUGAUUUUAAAGUUAUCAACAUGUCAGGAAGAGUAGUAAAAUUCGCGACUGACCAGGAUAAAACCGUCCUUAUGGGUAAUUUUGAGAAGCGAGGCUGGGUGCAAGUGUCACCCGAAGAAGAUUGGAAUUUUUAUUGGAGCAGUGUACAGACCACUCGUAACAUUUUCAAUGUUGAUACUGGCUACAGACUGCAAGAUGAUCAGGUGAUCAAUCACUUUCCAAACCAUUAUGAAUUGACAAGGAAAGAUUUAAUGGUGAAGAAUAUCAAGAGAUAUCGCAAGGAGUUAGACAAAGAGGGCAGUCCACUAGCUGAGAAGGAUGAGAAUGGCAAAUAUAUUCAUCUUGAUUUCAUACCGGUCACAUUUCUAUUGCCAGCUGAUUAUAAUCUCUUUGUUGAAGAGUUCCGGAAAAAUCCCUCCAGUACUUGGAUUAUGAAACCGACGGGAAAAGCUCGUGGUAUCGGCAUCUUCCUAAUCAACAAGUUAUCACAGCUGAAGAAAUGGUCCAGAGACAGUCGGACAUCCUCAUUCCAAGCUCCUUCAGCCAAGGAUGCUUACGUCAUUGCCAAAUAUAUCGACAACCCUCUCCUGAUUGGUGGAAAGAAAUUUGAUCUCCGCAUCUAUGUCCUUGUGACGACAUAUCGACCUCUCAAAUGCUAUAUCUACAAGCUUGGUUUCUGUCGCUUCUGCACAGUCAAGUACAGUGCCAAUGUGAACGAGCUGGAUAACAUGUUCAUCCAUCUUACCAAUGUCUCCAUUCAGAAACACGGGGAGGAAUAUAAUGCUCAGCAUGGUGGGAAAUGGACGGUGCAUAAUCUCAGACUUUACUUGGAAGGAACAAGAGGCAAAGAGGUGACAGAUAAGCUUUUUGAUGAGAUGAAUUGGGUUAUCGUACACUCACUGAAGGCAAUGGCAAAUGUAAUGGCCAAUGAUAGACACUGUUUUGAGUGUUAUGGUUAUGACAUCAUCAUUGAUGACAACUUGAAGCCGUGGUUAAUUGAGGUUAACGCUUCUCCUUCUCUGACAUCAACAACAGCUAACGAUCGUAUCAUGAAGUAUAACCUCAUCAAUGAUUCCCUCAACAUUGUCAUGCCAAAUGGGGAACCCCCUGAUGUGAGAUGGAAUAAGAUUCCAGCCAAAGAGUUUUAUGGCAACUAUGAACUUCUGUAUGACGAAGAGUUAGCACAGGCAGACAGCUUGGAGAGAGACAGUAAAAGUAGGCUGGCUGGGGGGCAGGGCUUCGGAACUAGGGGGCGGGAUGCUAAAUCAAAAAGCCAGGCUACAUGGAAGUGAUCGUCAAGAGUGUGUCAUGUCAAUCAGAGUAAAAGUGUGGGCAGGACAUUGAGCAAGGGAGGACCAGUAAGGCUACAUGUAUCCUUGGUUCAUACGAUUAAUUAUCAAGUCUAGCCAUUGCGAGGUACAUGUUGGUGGAACAUUGAAUCAAGGGCCAUGAAGAAGAUGAACAAGUUGAAAGGGCAUUGAAUAAAACAGGAUGGAAAUACCCCACACUGAUCAUAGUGUGGUCCUCAUCAAGUCAUCUCAAGGGAUGAAAAGGAAUAGAGGGGUAGACAGGACUUAGAGUUAGGAGUAAAAGUAAUCAAAGUGACCUGAAUUAGGGUCGGUUUGUUUUUAGAGUCAAAUAGCAAACCAAUCAAAUCCUGUGAAAUGGGUCAUUGUGUUUACCUACUUGGAUUCUGUCUGGUUUGAUGGGGUGAACAGUGGUAUUUACCAUAUUGUUUUGCUUUAUGACAUCAUCAGUCACCAUGGUGUUGGAUAAACCUUAAUGGAUUAGUUCUACAAAUAUCAGCAUACAUAAAUAACAGCUUGCAGAUAAGGACAAUUUAGUAGUCAGUGUCUUUGUUAUGGCGGCUGUGUGUUGCACUCAGGUUUUUGAAAGCCACAUACGUGUACAU